UCCUCCGCACCUCUUUGUAUGAGCAAUACGACGUUGCUGAAAGAAGCUCAAAGGUUUCAUGCCGCCUUGCUUACAUCUGGCUUCCGAAAUCACGCCUACCGUUGCAACCUGCUGCUCCGCGCAUACGCUCGAUGCGGCGCCCUGUCCCACGCCCGUUCCCUCCUACUCCAAAUGCCCCUCCCCACCCUCGUCUCCUUCAACACCCUCCUCUCUGGCUUCGUCCGCUCCGGCCGCAUCGACGACGCCAUCGACCUAUUCGACGCCAUGCCGGCCACCGAUGCUCACUCUUACAACACCGUCAUCUGCGGUCUCGUCCGCAUCCACCGCGUCCGGGAAGCCUUCGCUCGUUUCCUCCGCAUGGCCCGCAGUCAUGUCAGGCCCGACGACUUCACCUGCUCGACGAUCGUCGCUUGCUGCGAUCUGUCUGGGGGGCGACAGCUCCAUGCGCUGAUGGUGAAGGUCGCGUCGCUGACUUCAGACCCUUUUGCUGGCACCAAUCUGCUGAGGAUGUACGGGGACGCGGGUGAGAUGUGUGACGCAAGGAAGGUGUUUGAUGAAAUGGGUCACCGGGACCUGACGUCGUGGAAUGUAUUGAUAGAUUGUUAUUUUAAAUCUGGGAUGGGCGAAUUAUGCAUCAAGAUAUUCGUGGAGAUGGUCAGGGAUCGAAUUCGACUGGAUGAGUUCACUUUAGCAACUGUUAUGAACGAACUUGCAAGCUGCUCGUCGGUGAGCAAAGGCAUGCAGGUGCAUUCAUUGGUCGUGAGAGCCGGGUUUAUUAUGGAUCGUUUCUGUUGCAAUGCUUUGUUGAAUUUGUACUCGAAGGGAGGAUUUGUUAGUUCGGCCAUGAAAUUGUUCGAUGAUAUGACUGAUCCAGAUGUGGUUUCUUGGACCAUCAUGAUUUCAGGUCUAGAGGUGGGUGGCCAUAUCAGUGAUGCUUUUGAGGUUUUCAAUUCGAUGCGGAUGGCUGAAGUGGAGCCUAACUCUUUCACUUUUGGUACUUUGAUUGGUUGCUGUGCAAAUGUUAAUGCAUUUGAUAUUGGAAAGCAAUUUCAUGCCCUUGUUCUUAAGAAUGGGUUGGAACUUGAUGUUGUUGUAGGGAGCACAAUUGCGAAUAUGUACUCAAAAUGUGGUGAGAUAACUGAUGCUCUGAGACUCUUCCAGAGCUUGCCUGAGAGGGAUAUCGUUUCCUGGAAUGGUGUUAUUUGUGGGCUUGCUCAGAACGGAGAAGCUACCACAGCCCUACAAUUAUUUGAUGAGAUGGUUCAAUUACGCCUGAACGGCAUAAUGCCAAAUCAUGUCACUUUUGUCGGUGUCUUGACUGCAUGCUCCAGAGCAGGGCUCAUCCGCAAGGGUUGCAGCAUCUUCAAUGACAUGGUUGAUGUGUACUCAUGUGAGCCCCAAGCUGAGCAUUAUGCUUGUAUGGUAGACUUAUUUGCACGCUCAGGAUUACUGGAAGAAGCAGAGGUUAUUAUUCAAUCCUUGUCGACUGAGCCUAACAUUAUACUCUGGGGAGCACUACUUGGAGCAUGCAAAAGCCGUGGAAAUCUUGUCAUGGCAAAGCGCAUUGUAAAACGACUUUAUGUGUCUGAACCAAUGAACUCAUCCAAUUAUGUGCUUCUCGCGAAUCUGUAUGCUGCUAACAAAGAGUGGGAUGAUGUGUUCAAGGUUAGAAAUAAGAUCUCUACAAUUGGAGUUCAAAAAGUAGCUGGGAGUAGUUGGGUUGAAAUCAGGGGAAAAGUUUAUUCUUUUACAUCAGGUGAUGCACAUAAUGCAGAGACCUAAUCUCUGGUGUGCUGCAGAUACUGUCGUUGGUAAUGUUGGAGGGUGACAAAGUGGCUUAAUUAGCACUCAAUGGACUGUGGGUGAUGCAACUAUUCCCUUGAGGUUGCUCCCACCAUUAAAUGCAGUUAACAGUAGGGCUCAAUCCGCAUUUGUUAUGGUUGAUGUUGUUGGCAUUUGACAAGCUUAUUUUCCUUGCUUCAAGUCACUAACAUUUUCUGGUUAACAGGGCAUCAGAACAAGUAAUAGAUAGAUAAGUGUACUUCGUACUGAUAUGUUCAAGUCUGCUAUAGGUAUACCCUCAAUGUAGCAAUAUGACUUUGCUUGGUGCACCAAACUUCAAAGAACAUGGAUGGUCAGCAGGAGUUGGGAUUGUGGAAAUGGAUAUCGACUGAGGAUUGUCAUGAAAGGCAACAAGUGCAAUAAGGGUAUUGGAAACACAGUUACGGAUGAAGUGCUGAUGACUACUAGAGCAGCUCAGGAAAAGGUUUGCUGACAAACAGAUGCAUAGAGUCAGAACUGCUCUGAUGGCAGAUUUAUGUACUCUGAAUGACUUAUCGAGCAAAAAAAAAAAAAAAGGCAUCUGCAAAGGUCGUAUCGAUAUUCUAACUCUUCACUAGUAAAUCAAUUGAAUAAUCAAAUAGCAGCUGGAGCUUAGACGAACCGAUCUAGUUCGAUUCAUGUACAAAAUUGGUUCAGGUCUAAAAAUCUGAGUCAAAGAACAUUUAUUGUCUUUUUCUAUGAUUCAUUUAGGGCAUUUUGAUCAAAACAAGAAAUGGGGGGGUGCAAUCUGGUAUAAGUCCAUCAUUAGAGAUUUUUUUUGAUAAGUUGCCUUAUUUAUACCCUUUUCAUCGUCAUAUCUCGUGCUUUCUGAUUCUAUGAAUCAAAUCUUUAGGUGCGUCUGAUCACCAGGAUAUUGAAUCUUCAGAAGAUACGCAUCAUCCCAUCUCUUUGUAGAACACCUCCAUCGCUACUCUAUAAUCCUCGAGAGACAACAUCACCUCAGGAACAAGCGAACAUGGCCAACAAGGCUAUCCUCACAGCAUGUCUGUUGCUGGUGCUCUUGGUGAUAGCCUUCGGUGUCCAAUGCGCCAUGGCUGCUCAAGUCCAAGAAGGCGCAUGCAUCGUUGCCAGCGACUGCAAAUGUGAUGAAAAUUGCUACACCAAUUGCCUUGGCGGUCAUUGUUACUGUAUCUGCUAGUAUCUAAUAGUAUCAAGUUGUCUUCGUCUGCAACCAAUAAACUCUGCUCCUCCUUGUACUUCUUCUUCUUAUUGCACGUUUAAUGUCCUACAGACUUUCCUAAACGAAGGAGAUGGACCAUUUAAACUGA